AUGGCAGAAAAUACGUCCAAUAUCCAGCGACGACGAAAAAUCCUCAAGACACUCUUCAUCUCCCUCUUACUUGACCUCAUAUCAUUUACCUUUAUUCUUCCACUAUUUCCGUCGCUUAUAAGAUUUUAUCUUGAAAAAGAUCCCUCUCCAAACUCACUCCUAAAUCGUAUUCUCCAAUAUCUCAACGCAUAUAAGAAUGCAUUCUCAAAACCGAUAGAUUCGAAAUACGAUGUUGUACUUCUCGGCGGUGCGCUGGGAUCUCUAUUUUCGCUCCUACAGGCUGUCGCAGCACCUGUAAUUGGCUCUAUAUCUGAUAAAUAUGGCCGUCGUGCUGCACUUCUUUGGUCGAUGGCGGGAAACAUCGCCAGUGUUGCUUUAUGGGUUGCUGCCACGGAUUUCCGCACUUUCUUGGGGAGUAGGAUAAUAGGUGGGCUAAGUGAAGGAAACGUUCAGAUUGCGAAUGCUAUCGCGGCGGAUAUCAGCGAUCCUAGCCAACGUGGCUCAACCAUGGCGUUGGUGGGAGCUUGCUUCAGUGUUGCGUUUACGAUCGGCCCUGCUAUCGGUGCAGCGCUCAGCAACAUUACCACAUUUGCAGCGAAUCCAUUUGCAACAGCUGCUGCAUGCUCCUUAUUUUUGAUUGUCACGGAAACAAUCUACAUCUACUUCUGCCUGCCGGAAACACACCCCAGAUUGGCAUCUAAAACUUAUAAACCCACUACACCUGGUGACAUCAGCGGGAAGGAACAUGACAGUAAGCCAGGGGCAAACAGACCAUCAAUAGAAGCUCCUAAGGGCUAUACCAACAGCCCUUUUCUCUUGAACAUAACACACUUUUUAUUCCUUCUACCCUUUUCAGGCCUAGAGUUUUCUCUUCCCUUUAUUACGGCCAACCUUUACGAAACUUCCCUUGCAGCAAAUGCUGGCGCAGCAAGCCCUUCCGCUCUUAAUGGGCGUCUAUUAUCAGUGAUGGGAUUAUUGGCCUCAAUUCUGCAGGGCGGGGUGACACGUCGGCUACCACCCCUUCUUACCGUCCGAAUAGGCGUAGUAGCUUGCACCAUAUCCUUCGCUUUGCUCGCUCACAUUACAACGAUAACCGGAUUGUAUGCUGCCGGCUGUCUACUCGCUGUCACUAGUGCAACUGUGGUCACUGGAUUGAAUAGCCUGGGUAGUUUGGAAGCUCGUGAGGCUGAACGCGGUGCUUCCUUGGGCCGUCUACGAAGCUGGGGUCAAGCUGGCAGAGCUACUGGGCCAGUCCUUUUCUGCUCCCUGUUUUGGUGGGGGGGUAGAGAAGUAGCAUAUAAAACCGGUGCUCUGGCUAUGGUUGGCGUUUGUGCAAUUGCCAUUGGGUUGCUAAAAUCACCCAUACUGGCUAAAACAAAGUGA